UUCAUGGCAUCAAUACAUUGCUACCAGCUUGUCUUCCUAAGUCAAAUCUGGCGUGGGCUUCAUGCAGUAGCUGAUGUCACAGAAGAAGUUGAGGCAACAUGUAAUGAAGAUGCUUUUCUCCCUUGUAAGGUUUGCCAGGAUCUACAGCUCAAAACUGGAGCAGUCUCCUGGUAUAAGAUGGAUGAAAACAAUAAAGGAUUAAAGGAUGUGGAAUAUAAUAAAGAACAUGAUUAUUCAAGAGGACUUAAUGACUCCUUAGAGAUUCCUAAUGGCACCUGGCAUUUUCUGAAGAUUAAACAUGCUACACACUUCAGUAGUGGAACAUAUAAAUGUAUCUUAACAGCACCAGUCAGAAAAUACAACCAAAGUACAGUUACACUCAGAGUAAUAGGCUGUCCUGAGGAACGGCAAGAUACGAAACUCAAAAAAUACACAACAGAACUUGUAUUGCUGUGCUGCAUUGGGAGCUUUUAUUUGUUACUCAUCAUCUUUACUUGUAGGUGGACUACAAAGCCCUUUAAAUUAGGCACUCUGGACCUUUUGCAGACUGAGAGUUUGGCCUCUGAAUGA